AUGGCUGCCUGGGCUGGCGAGGCCAUGGACGCCCAUGUGUUCCCGGCCUGCGCGCACCCCUACCCGCCACCCGCCAAGGCCCCAGACGGCUGGCGGCGGAGCUGCGGCCCUGCGCGGGCCUCGUCGCCCUUUCCCGGCUGCGGGCAGCCUAUGGCCGCCGAGUACUUCGACACCUACCGGCGGGCGCAGCUCAUAGCGCUGCUGUCCCGAGUAAACCCCCGGCCGGCCGGCAGCCGGGACGCAGCGGUGCAGGUGAACCCGCGGCGCGACGCCUCUGUGCAGUGCUCGCUAGGGCGCCGCACGCUGCAACGCGGAUGGCGCGGGCCCACCUCGGAGCCCGGCAGUCCCACUGGCGCCCCGAGGCCCGCGCGCCUCCCGCGCACCGUCGCCGUGUACUCGCCCGUGGUCUUCCGCGGCCUCAGCUCCUUGCAGGGGGACGCGCCGGGCGGGCAGAGCUCCGGGGAGCCCAAGGGAGAGCGUAGGUCGACACCUGCGAGGACCCGAGAACCCGAAGAGGGAGAGGUGACGACGAGGAAGGCAGCCCACGAGCCGAGCUCAGAGGAGGGCGACGCGCACACAGUAGAGGAGGCCGGGCCCGAGCCGCGGGAGGCCGGGCACAGUGCAGUGGCCUCGCAGUCCGCGCCCCAGAGUCGCCAGCAGCGUCCCGUAGCGGAGGUGGCUCAGGACGGCGGGGACAUGGCCACCGCGAGGGCCCAGGCCUCGCUGCCGGAGGACAAGGAGCGCCUGCGCUUCCAGUUCUUAGAGCAGAAGUAUGGCUAUUAUCACUGUAAGGACUGCAACAUCCGGUGGGAGAGUGCAUAUGUGUGGUGUGUGCAGGGCACUAACAAGGUGUACUUCAAACAGUUUUGCAGAACUUGUCAGAAGUCUUACAACCCUUACCGAGUGGAGGAGAUUGCCUGCCAAAGUUGUAAAAGAACUAGAUGUGUGUGCCCAGUCAGACUUCGCCAUGUGGACCCUAAACGCCCCCAUCGUCAAGACUUGUGCGGAAGAUGCAAAGGCAAACGCCUGUCCUGUGACAGCACGUUCAGCUUCAAAUAUAUCAUUUAGCAAACAUCAAAAAUGGUUAGGCUAGAUGGGGCUAAUGGAGCAGACAAGUAAGCUUCCUCCCAUGGCCCUUCUUUCCACCUCUCCCUUCUCAAAUACUUUGUGAAAGGCAGUAUGUUUUG